GAUGGAAUACAGACCGUACCGUGCCAAGGCAAAUGCAAAAUAACACAGGUGGAUGCUGCAGCAGGUGACGGCCUGACAAGUACAACAGUCCUGCGCAGGUGUCACAAUCAAGAUGAAGGACCAUGUGAGGAGCUCAAUAACUUGCAAAUAGACCAACUGACAUGGACCCAAACCUGCUGCAUGGGGCCUCUGUGCAACGGUGGUGGGAAUGAAGGUGGUCGUGCAAGAGAUGAAGGUGGUCAUGCAGAAGAUGAAGGUGGGGAUGCAGGAGAUGAAGGUGGUCAUGCAGGAGAUGAAGGUGGUCAUGCAGGAGAUGAAGGUGGGGAUGCAGGAGAUGAAGGUGGUGAUGCAGGAGAUGAAGGUGGUCAUGCAGGAGAUGAAGGUGGUCAUGCAGGAGAUGAAGGUGGUCAUGCAGGAGAUGAAGGUGGUCAUGCAGGAGAUGAAGGUGGUCAUGCAGGAGAUGAAGGUGGUGAUGCAGGAGAUGAAGGUGGUCAUGCAGGAGAUGAAGGUGGUCAUGCAGGAGAUGAAGGUGGCCAUGCAGGAGAUGAAGGUGGUCAUGCAGGAGAUGAAGGUGGUCAUGCAGGAGAUGAAGGUGGGGAUGCAGGAGAUGAAGGUGGUGAUGCAGGAGAUGAAGGUGGUGAUGCAGGAGAUGAAGGUGGUCAUGCAGGAGAUGAAGGUGGUCAUGCAGGAGAUGAAGGUGGUCAUGCAGGAGAUGAAGGUGGUGAUGCAGGAGAUGAAGGUGGUGAUGCAGGAGAUGAAGGUGGUGAUGCAGGAGAUGAAGGUGGUCAUGCAGGAGAUGAAGGUGGGGAUGCAGGAGAUGAAGGUGGUGAUGCAGGAGAUGAAGGUGGUCAUGCAGGAGAUGAAGGUGGUCAUGCAGGAGAUGAAGGUGGUCAUGCAGGAGAUGAAGGUGGUCAUGCAGGAGAUGAAGGUGGUGAUGCAGGAGAUGAAGGUGGUGAUGCAGGAGAUGAAGGUGGUCAUGCAGGAGAUGAAGGUGGUCAUGCAGGAGAUGAAGGUGGUGACGCAGGAGAUGAAGGUGGUGAUGCAGGAGAUGAAGGUGGUGAUGCAGGAGAUGAAGGUGGCCAUGCAGGAGAUGAAGGUGGUGAUGCAGGAGAUGAAGGUGGUGAUGCAGGAGAUGAAGGUGGUGAUGCAGGAGAUGAAGGUGGUGAUGCAGGAGAUGAAGGUGGUGACGCAGGAGAUGAAGGUGGUGACGCAGGAGAUGAAGGUGGUGAUGCAGGAGAUGAAGGUGGUGAUGCAGGAGAUGAAGGUGGUGACGCAGGAGAUGAAGGUGGUGAUGCAGGAGCUGAAGGUGGCAAGCCAGGAGCUGAAGGUGGUAAUGCAGCAUCAAAGCUGUUCAGCUUUAACAUAGCCUUUAUUAUUCUUGCACUGUUCUUUACCAUUAUGUUUUGAACUCCCAAGUCCCUUUUCUUGGACCCCAGAGUUCCUAUGUACAUAUAUACCUAACACUACAAUUACAGUGUUAAACUAAACGUUGAUCAUUACGGAUCGAGUAUCAGCACGAUUCCCAUUCAAUUUUAUUCAUAAAAUGUUUGUAUGACAUCUACAGUUUUUAAUUGAUUUCUCAUGGUUAACGUAUACUCGUUCGGUGGACACAUUAAUAGUGAAAUAAUACAAAAUUGUCAGUCUAAUAAGGGUCAAACAGAGUAUUUCAGAAGAACAUUCAUGUGUUAUCGGUUCUGUGCAGUAUUAAAGAGAUAUGAAUAGAGUGAUUUUAAUUCUUUAGUGAAUACCUAAAAAUAAGGUCAUAAAACAGUAUAUCCCUGUAGCUGUAAGUUCGAA